AUGGAGGAUCUGGAGGAGGGAGAGAAUGGAGAAGAAGAGGUGCUUGGUUCGAGCUUGACUAUGGAGAAAGUAGCAGCUGCUAAGAAGUUCAUUGAGAAUCAUUAUAGGGCACAGAUGAAGAAUAUUCAAGAUCGGAAAGAGAGGCGUUGUAUUUUGGAAAAAAAAUUAGCUUCUUCAGACGUGCCAACUGAAGAACGUCUCAACCUCAUCAAAGAUUUAGAGAGAAAGGAAACUGAAUAUAUGCGAUUGAAAAGGCACAAAAUUUGUGUUAAUGAUUUUGAUCUCUUGACCAUCAUUGGAAGAGGGGCUUUUGGGGAGGUUAGACUGUGUCGUGAGAAGAAAUCUGGAAAAAUCUAUGCCAUGAAAAAGCUGAAGAAAUCUGAAAUGCUUAAGAGAGGCCAGGUGGAACAUGUUAGAGCAGAGAGGAACUUAUUGGCCGAAGUUGCCAAUCAUUUCAUUGUGAAACUUUACUACUCAUUUCAGGAUACUGAAUACUUGUAUUUAAUUAUGGAGUAUCUACCCGGGGGUGACAUUAUGACUCUGCUGAUGAGGGAAGACACCUUAAGUGAAAAUGUGGCUAGAUUUUACAUGGCACAAAGUGUUCUUGCCAUAGAGUCUAUUCAUAAACACAAUUAUAUUCACAGAGAUAUUAAACCCGAUAACUUACUUCUGGAUAAAAAUGGUCACAUGAAGCUCUCUGAUUUUGGCCUCUGUAAGCCUAUCGAUUGCAUUACCUUGCCUACACUGCAUGAAAAUCAAACCAUGGAUGAUGAAACUUUGGCUGAGCCAAUGGAUAUCGAUAGCUGUGAUGCGAACAAUCGGAAAAGCUGGAGAAGCCCGCGUGAGCAGCUUCAGCACUGGCAGAUGAACCGGAGGAAGUUGGCAUUUUCAACCGUGGGGACGCCAGAUUACAUUGCUCCUGAAGUACUUUUGAAAAAAGGAUAUGGGAUGGAAUGUGAUUGGUGGUCACUAGGAGCGAUAAUGUACGAAAUGCUGGUUGGUUACCCUCCAUUUUACUCUGAUGACCCAAUAACCACAUGCAGAAAGAUUGUUCAUUGGAGAACCCAUUUAAGAUUUCCAGAAGAUCCUCAAUUGACACUUGAGGCUAAGGAUCUGAUCUACAGAUUGAUGUGUGAUGUUGAUCAUAGGUUAGGUACUCGAGGGGCACAAGAAAUCAAGGCUCAUCCAUGGUUCAAGGGUGUAGAUUGGGAUAAACUAUAUGAAAUGGAUGCAGCAUUUAAACCACAAGUUAAUGGGGAACUGGAUACCCAAAACUUCAUGAAGUUUGAUGAGGUAGAACCACCAGAUGCAGCAAGAGCUGGCUCUGGAUCUUCAAGAAAGAUGCUUCUAACUCCCAAAGAUCUAAACUUUGUUGGUUAUACUUACAAAAACUUCGAUGCUGUAAAAGAAGGCCUUCGCCAGUCAUUGAGUGAGUCCAUGCAAGAUUAUGCUUCCAAACGGACAGCUGAUGAAACAGGCUUGCAAAUGCUGGCAUCGUCUGGAGACCCCAUGUUACCAUAA